GGUCUUCUUGAAAGUAUUGUCGAUGAUGGCUUUGUUCCGGCGCGCAGUUUUCGCAACCUCCAGCGCCUGGUGUUGGCUGGCAACAAAGAAGCCAGCGAGAUGGAUGUCGGUCUGCUCCUUGUGGCUGGCCAGCAGACACUAGGCCACGUCGGUCUGCAGAUCUGGCACACGCGAAAUUCACUCUUCGACGCGCUGGCACGAGCCAACAUCCGCUUUCCACGUCUUGAGAGCCUUGUCAUGGUGUACAUGUUUGCGCCUGUUCACCUCGCUUGCCUUAACGUCUUCCUAUCACCCCAAAAUACCACACGGGCUGAGUCGGAACGCGAAACUCAGGAUUGCUGUGGCCAAAAUUAUGAGGGUAGUCUAGCGCACUUUCCAUCUGCUACUUAUCGACGCCUCAUUUUGGCCAACCGGAUUUUGACUGCGGAUCCUUUGUGCUUGUAA